AUGUAUCUUUCGCUGCUCACCUCUUCGUUCAUAACGACUUCGCUACUUGAUUGCUGCUGUUGUAAGAAGAAAAAGAAGGCAAAUAAAGUUGGAGGUAAAUCUAGCAGACCUCGUAAAUUGGCCUCUGUAACUCCAGAAAAGGAGGCGACCCGUGUUGCUGCUGCUGGUAAGAAACCAACAACUAUCCCCAGCCCGCCGAAGACACAAGUUGGAAAGAAGACAAAGGCAAACACUGAGGAAACCACUACAACUAAAAAAGUUCGAUCAAAAGAAUCAAAGAAAUCCAAGCAAUCAAAGAAGGCGAAACUCUCAAAGUCUGGUUCACCCAAAAAUUCCAAGCAUUCGCGCAAGCACAAAAAGGAUAAGGAUGAUGGAGGUGAUUCAGAAUCGUCGAAAGGGGCUUUGGCGGAUGUUCAUUUGAGUGCUGAGCCAAUCAAACCGAGGUCAUUCGUCCUUGAUGAGAAGGAGGCAAGAAUCAAGAAUGAGAGUUUGAAGAAAGAAGAGGCAGAUCCAUAUCCUACAAUUUCGGCUUUUCUUUCGGAUAAAGACGAUGAUUAA